AUGAUAUGCUCACUUUGUCAUAAAACAUUUUCUAACAGGGAUCUUAACAAAUUUGUUAUUCAUUUGGAAUAUGCACAUUGUAUGAAACAUCAGUAUGAUUGUCCAAUUUGUAAGAGAACUUUUAAUAGAAGGGAUAAUUUUAAAACUCACUUAAAGACGCAUCAUAGUACAACAGAUACAAAUAAGCAAAACCUUGACAUAAAAAAUGUAGAAGUCAUAUCUGAUCAAGUACAUGAUAGUGUGGUAAAAGGUGAUGUAAAAGAGAGCAAUUGUUUUUUUGAUGUCGAUUUAAAGACAAGGGAGUUAAUGGUUAUUUUAAAACAAAGUACUCUAAAGCUUAUGGCUAGUUUACAUAAUGAGAUCUCUAUUCCACGCUCAUUCAUACAAAAAGUUGUUAUAAUUUUUAAAUUUUGUAUAAGUCAUAAAAAAGUUACUCAGAAACAAACGGAACUUGAUAAUGUAAAUCUUCGUUUAAAACAUACAUACGAAAAUCACGCUACAAAUAAUCAAUUUGGUAUUAAAGAAUCUUAUGCACGAUUUAUAUGGGGGAUUUAUAUGGGGGAAUAUGGUAUGGCUCGGAUAAUAAAGUUGUUAUUGGAACAAAAUGUGUUUUCCCUGGAAGUAUUAAAUUCCCGUAUUCAUUAUUUUAAAUACGAAUAUUUAGAACGUAAUCAUCCACCAUCUCUUAAAAGAGAACAAAUUGAAAAAGAAGUAAUAAUUUUUUCUUCCUCCGAGAUGGAGAUUUUUGUAACAAAUUUUCGAUAUUACGUUGGUGAUCUUGUCCCUAAUCAUAAUAAUUCCUGGAUGCUUUAUUUAAAUGUGUUAGAAAUUACAGAAACUUUAUCCAUGUCAACAAUAAGUUCAUCAGACAUAGCAGCAUUAGAGAAUCUUAUACCAAAGGAAUCCACUAAAAUAUUAAUUCUAGGUUACGAGACAAACCCGAAUCUGUACCUCACAAAUGAUCCGGGUUAUAAAUUAAAAAAUAAAAGAGCAGAUGCUCUUAAUAAUAUUAAAUCCAUUUUAUUCGAUAAUGGCUAUGAUAUCAAAACUGAGGAUAUUAAUAAAAAAAUUCACAAUAUGAGGACCCAAUUUUUCAAGGAGCAUUUAAAAGUGAAAAAGCAGGUUGUGAGUGGAGCUGGCACAACCGAUUUAUAUGUACCGAAGGCUUGGUGGUAUGACCUGCUUAAAUUUUUGAUAAAUUCUGAUCCUGUCAUAAAAUCCAGAUCAAAUUUACCUGCUCAACCUGGAAGCAGUAAGAUGGACAGUCAGCUAUAG